AUGGAGAGUGGAGCAGGGAAGCACUGGACGGAGGAGGAGGUUAAAGCCUUGUUAAGCGUCUGGUCAGAAAAAAAUAUCAGAAAGCAACUCCACGGCACCCUGAGGAAUAAAGGAAUAUUUAUCUACAUUGCUAAAAGGUUGCAGGAGUUAGGAGUUUGCAGGGAUUGGAAACAGUGCCGUGCAAAGUACAAAAAUCUGAAGUACGAAUACAGAACGGUUAAAUAUGCCCACAACUCUGGGGAUGUCACUAAAACCAUGAAGUUUUUCCAUGAUCUGGAUGCCAUAUUGCGAUAUGAACCUGUCACACAAUUAGCAGCAGAAGAAAACGGCAGGUGUUCUGCGACUGAGACGCAGCUGAACACAAGCCCCACAGCAGAGAGCACGCAAGAAAUCCUUGAAGAUGAGGGGGACUUUGCAAACUGCAUCCCCGCAGCUCUGGAAGGUACACAAAUCAAGAAGGAGACAAUUGACAUAGAUGAUGAUUCUAUAAGCACUACCUCAGAAGACAGACCUUGUACACCAGUGGCAAAACGGAUGGUUGGGACAGACAAUCACAUUCCCUUGGAAGAAGCACAAAAUCACUUUAAAGUUAUUACAGUUAAUGAUACUGGAACAGGGAAACACUGGAGUGAUAAUGAAGUCAGAGCUCUGAUAAACAUAUGGUCAGACGAAAAGAUACAACAAAUGCUUGAAGGGGCCACAAGAAAUAAAGAAAUAUUUGAGGAAAUUGCCAGAAGGUUGAUGAAACGUG